AUGGCGCGACGCCGGCCAUCGCCGAGUCCCAUGCAGGCCUCGGCCUGGUAAAGCGGCAGAAGCAGCUGGAAUGCCACCCCACACGCAAGUAUCUGGAGGAGUGCCGCCUGGAGUGGGAGGAGUAUGGGCAGAAGCUGAAGGAGCUCGGGGCACCGAAGCCGUGCCCUCCGUAUCCAUACACCGUCAAGAUCGUUGAGGCUCUUAUGAAAGAGAACGAAGAUGAUGCUCUGGCGAGGAUGAGUCGAUGA